AUGGAGCCAAUACUUAUGCGGCAUCGGCCGUAUGAUACUCAUUCACGCCAGUUCCGUCUUGACACCCAUAGUAUUCGGCGUGUACUGCAGGAAGACAUGGGCAUGCAGUAUCCAGUGACAUUUCACGUUGUAAGGGAUGAUAAGGCAAUCGGAUACCAAGAUCACAUUGAACAAGAUGCAAUCGAGCGUUGUGUUGCGCCAUACGGUCCUAGUCUGAUCGAUCUCUUUUGGAGAAUAGUGCACCCGUGUUAUCCUAUUUUGCACAAAGGCAAGUUUAUGGAGCGAUACUCAACAUCUUACCGCGAGAUCGAUGCACCAAUAUUGGGGGCAGUGUAUCUCAUCUCCCUAAAUUGGUGGACCUACGACCGAGAGCUUAGCAAUAAACCAGCGCCAAAUGAAGGCUUGUUAAGAGAAAGAGUCAUCAAAACAAUCCAGAACAGUUAUCACCGACCUAAGUUAUCAUCAAUUGAGGCUACUUUACUUUUGCUACAAUGUAAGCCAGAGGACGCCUUGAACCCGGAUCAUACAUGGACCCGGGGAUAUACCAGUCAAGCACUGGCAAUUGGCGAAGCACUGGGACUUCAUUUGGAUGCCAGUUCUUGGGAGAUACCUGGCUGGGAACGUGGACUACGUAAGAGGCUCUCUUGGGCAUUGUACAUGCAAGACAAGUGGACUGCCUUAAUGCAUGGACGACCCAGUCAUAUCCAUGAUGACAACUGGGGGGUCGAAGAUAUCGAGGACUGUGAUUUUUAUGAUCUUGAUGAGAAUAAAGACCCAAGGAAUGACGACGUUCCCAUGAACGAUAUUCAGGCGGGGAGAAGAGGAUUUAUGGAGAUGGUCACAUUGUCUAAAAUUCUCAGCACGAUAUUAACAGACUUCUUUUCGCUGCGUGCUAGCAAAUCUCAAGACACUGUUGAGCUUUAUCAACGAGCAUUUCCGGUCAUACAGAAACUGCACAUCUGGCAGGUUCCUCGGCGACUUUGUGCAAAUGGUAUGUCGUGCUGCUCUUAUACAAUGCUUCAGAAUUAA